UAAAAAUAUGCCUAAAAUAGAGUAAUAAUUUACCUCGCCAUAAUAAUGAACCGAGUGAAAUGUCUUUUAUUGUUUUCUCUUAUUCUUAAUGUGGUUGGACUAAUAUUUUUUGUGAUUGGAUUUUCUACGCAUUUUUGGUUGGAAUCGGACAAAAACUACCGAACUUCCUCGGGAUUUGAAAGCCUGGGCUUAUGGGAAGCUUGCUUCAAAGAUUUUUCUCAUAAGACAAGUUAUAACGGGAAGCUCUAUAAUGGUUGCUGGUGGAUGUUCUCAUACGAGUAUGAACCAAUCAGAGAGUGGCUGAAUCCACCGUGGUUGGUUGCUAUCCAGGUCUUGAUGACGAUUUCCCUCCUCCUUCAGUUAGUGGGAGGGAUCAUGGGCGUGCUGGUGUUCCUAGGGGUGUGUCCCGGAGCUGCCAGUUUCCUCGCACUCUUAUCCAUAGCCAUCAUGAUCCUUGUUUCGGGUGUAAUUUCAGCAGUUUGUUUAAUCUUGUUUGGUGUCAAGUCCGACCAACCGGAAUUGGAAGCAAAAUGGAUAUAUUAUCCAGAAAAGAACUUUUUAUCAUGGUCAUUCGCCAUGGUAGCGGUUUCUGGAUUUCUGUCCUUGUUUGGUUCCAUGUGUGGCUUUGUUGCCGCCAUGACAGCGAGACUAGAGGAUAAAUAUGGCGAACGCCCAUCAUAUGACGGACACAUGCUUCGGUCGCAACCAACUGUUUACUGAAUCCACAAAAAUAGCACCUCCAUAUAAGUGAUGGAUAAAUAAUCUUUUAUACAUUAUACAUGUGUAUAUUUUUUUUCAGUUAAUGAUGUUAAAAGUUUUAUUCGUUUUUUAUAUUGUUGAUUUUUUUUUUAUUUUAUCCUUACGUAAAGGACAAACAUUUAUUUCGAUGCUGAUGCCGUUUUAUAAUGAUAUUUACUAUAAACAGCGAGAACAACGAGUGAAUGUCAGAUCACAUUUUAAUUUUCUUAAAUUUAAGCUCCUUUAACGACUUUACUUUUAAAAAAUUGAAAAAAAAACAAUGUAUGUCAAUAACAAAGUUUCUUUCUUUAAAAUAUGUCAACACAAUGAGUCUACACGUGUAGACUAUAAAACAUAGAGGAUUUUAUGACUGUUAUUGUCCUUUUUGCCAGGUACACGGACCACGUAAUUUCAAACAUCUCAUAACAUCAUGUACAUGUAGUUUCAUAGCAAAAUAUGCAUAAUUUACAUCCUUUACCAUAUUGCCAUUGUCACAUCUUUAUUGGAGUUUUGUAUCAUCGUUCAAUGAAUGAUGUUUUAUUUUUAAUAAAAUAUAAUACAAAAAUA